GCUCCGCUUCCCUCCCCGCUGGUUCCCCGGCCGGCCGGGCCGCGCUGCGCCGCGCCGUACCCUGCGGCUCCCCGGGGACCAUGAGCCUCUUGCGGGACGUCUCCCUGCUGGACCCCCGGCUCCGCUACGAGCUGAUCCAGCGCAUCGGGGCGGGCACCUACGGCGAUGUCUACAAGUCUCCUACACAGCCUGGGCGCAGACUCCCCGCUGCGAUGCCUGCCCCAGCACAGGUCGGCGUGCCAGGCGGGAGCAGAGCUUUGAGCGAUGCCCAGAGAGGCCAAGCGCUGGCCCGGGACACCCAGACAGCGGAGCUGGCUGCCAUAAAGAUCGUCAAACUGGACCCAGGGGAUGACAUCAGCUCCAUCCAGCAGGAGAUCACGACGCUCAGGGAUUGCGGGCACCCCAACGUGGUGGCGUAUUUCGGCAGCUACCUCAGGAAUGACCGUCUCUGGAUCUGCAUGGAGUUCUGUGGAGGAGGAUCCCUGCAGGAAAUCUACCACACCACAGGUCCCCUCUCUGAGAAGCAGAUUGCCUAUGUGUGCAGAGAAACGCUGCAGGGCCUGAGCCACCUACAUGCCAAAGGCAAGAUGCACCGGGACAUAAAGGGAGCCAAUAUCCUACUCACCCUCUUUGGAGAUGUGAAACUGGCGGAUUUCGGAGUCUCAGCUGAACUCACAGCAUCAGUGGCGAAGCGGAAGUCCUUCAUUGGGACCCCCUACUGGAUGGCCCCUGAGGUGGCCGCAGUGGAGAAGAAGGGCGGCUAUAACCAGCUGUGUGACAUCUGGGCCAUCGGCAUCACGGCCAUUGAGCUGGCCGAGCUGCAGCCCCCGCUCUUCGACCUUCACCCCAUGAGGGCCCUGAUGCUCAUGUCCAAGAGCAGCUUCCAACCCCCUAAACUGAAAGACAAAGCUCAUUGGUCCCCAGAAUUCCACCACUUCCUCAAACUGGCCCUGACCAAGAACCCCAAAAAGCGACCCACAGCGGAAAAGCUGUUACAGCACCUGUUCACCAGCCAGCCCCUUGCCCGCACCCUGGCCAUCGAGCUACUCGACAAGGUCAACAGCCCUGACCUAGCUGCCCCGUCCCUGGAUGACGGAGACUUUGAGGUUUACGACAUCUUUCCAGACAAAAUCCACUCCCGUGGGGCACAUGGCCAGGCAGAACGGACGCUCUCUGAAAUCCAGUUUAAUCAAGUUAAAUUCGGGCCCCCACUGAGAAAAGAAACAGAACCAUAUUGUGGUCUGAGGGAAGAGGAGGAUGAUUGGACGUUGCUAGGAGCUGAAGAGAGUCUCCUGCAGUCUGUGGAGGAGGCGUUGGAGGAAAGGAGUUUGACCAUUCGCCCAGCGUCUGGAAGGGUCCCCACCCCAGAGGAUCAGCCUGUGGACCCCCACUGCAUCCCUGAGAACGAGACGGGAACAAUCAAGAGAGCAUCACUAUGGGACCCGAUGAAUUGGGAGCUGCAGGUCAUGGAGCCUGGGGGUGGCUCAGAGACCAUGAGGAGACAGACCUCAGCAGGCAGCCCAGAGUCAGGUGACGUCCAACCCCCCCUGCACACUGGCUCCCCAGAGCCUGGAGCCUCCCUGCUCUCCACCGAAUGGGCCACCAUGAAGAGGAGGGAGGAGACAGAGAGAUCCAGCUGCCAUGGGCUGCCUCCCACCCCCAAGGUCCAUAUGGGUGCUUGCUUUUCCAAAGUCUUUAAUGGUUGCCCUCUAAAGAUCAACUCAGCUGUGACGUGGAUCCAUCCAGAGACACGAGAUCAGUACCUGCUGGUAGGGGCUGAGGAGGGGAUUUACGCACUCAACCUGCAUGAACUCCAUGAGGACACCAUGGAGAAGCUCCUGCCCCACAGGUGCUCCUGGCUGUACUGUAUGAACAACGUGCUGCUCUCCUUAGCAGGGAAAUCCUCCCAGAUCUCCUCUCACAACCUCCUGGGCCUCUUUGAGCAGCGGAGGCAGCUGCAGAAGCGGCAGGUCCCCCUCUCCAUUGCCACCAACCGGCUGACUGAGCGCAUCAUCCCCAGGAAGUUUGCGCUCUCCUCCAAGAUAGCAGAUACCAAGGGCUGCCUCAAGUGCCGAGUGGUUCGGAACCCCUAUUCCGGCAACACCUUCUUGUGCGCUGCUCUUCCCUCGAGUCUGGUGCUGUUGCAGUGGUACGAGCCCUUGCAGAAGUUCAUGCUGCUGAAGCACUUUCCUGUGGCCCUGCCCAUGCCCCUGAGCCUGUUUGAGCUGCUUGUGGUGGACACGGAAGAGUACCCUCAAGUGUGCGUGCGUGUUGUGGACCGAGACCGGCCGAGCCAGGAGCUGGAGUUUAACGUCCUCUCGCUCAGCACCAACUCCAGCCUCAGCACCGAGCCCUCUGCAGAUGGGGCCUCCAGCGUGGCCUGCCACGUGACUCAGAUGGACAGAGACACAGUCCUCGUUUGCUUUGAGUACUAUGUAAGGACAGUGAACCUGUGUGGGGCCCCCAAGAGAGCCCUGGCCCCAGAGCUGACCUUCAACUUCCCCAUUGAGACAAUUGUGUGCCUUCAAGACAGUGUGCUGGCCUUCUGGAAACAUGGCAUGCAGGGCCGCAGCCUGGAGGGCAACGAGGUGACCCAAGAAAUCACAGAUAAAUCCAGGGUGUUCCGGGUGCUGGGAGCCAACAGAGAUAUCAUCCUGGAGAGCACGCCCACGGAGAAUCCCUUGGCUCACAGCAACCUCUACAUCCUAACGGGACACGAGAGCAGCUACUGAGCGUGUGGAACUGCCUUUCCAAUAUCCCGUGUGGAGGGGGAAAUCCUGCUGUGAUGUUUAAACUGCUGAUAGCUGAGAAGCUCAGUGGAGGCGCACAGAU